GGUCAGGGAAACGGCCAACCCGCAAGAGCACUCUCACGCAGCAGCAGAAAAACCAGAAGAGACAGCGGGCGACACAGGAUCAGUUGGCCACGCUUGAGAUGGAGUUCAACAAGAACCCGACUCCCACGGCGUCGGUUCGUGAUAGGAUAGCUGAAGAGAUCAACAUGACCGAGAGGUCUGUUCAGAUCUGGUUUCAAAACCGGUAAGGCCCUGAAGUUUCUGAUCUGUUUUCCCGGGGAGCAGCACUGUUAACCGUUGGCAGGCGCGCAAAGAUUAAGAUGCUGGCUAAGAAGAGUCUGGAAAGCGGCGAGGACAUGGAUUCUAUUCCCGAGUCGAUGCGACAGUAUCUGGCAAUGCAGGCGAUGGAGUCGGGCAAGAGCAUCCCCGGCUUCUUUGGUCGUACUGGCUUCAUGCCCUACGGUCAUCAGGGAAUGAUGGGCGGUGAACAGUCGGGGCCGGGCAAAGUCUUGAUCCACCAUCUCAACUGCCGAUCCCUCACAAUAGGCAGGUGGAUGCGGGUUGGCCAGAACGCCAUGGAUCUGAUCAUCUUCUACUCCCCGGACAAGUGCACCAUGACCUACUACAUUAACAACGAUCAGGCCGGGUACAAGAUCGAAUACCCGUUUUCAUACAUCAAAAACAUCUAUCUCAACAACGUCGAAGGCGGCGAGCAGCACGGCGGAAUCACGAUUGAGCUUCUCCAUCCGCCCAUGUUUUAUAUGGACUCGUCGACCACGGCGACCUUUAUCCAAGUCAGCGACUUUACUGAGGACCUGCAGGCCUCUCGGGUACUGACUCAUCACCUCGGUGGAAACCCAAAGGUGUUGAGCGGCCAGCUGGCGAAGUUGGUCAGCUUAGAAGCCUUCAUUCACCGCCACAGCGCCACAGGUCCGUUCGACCAGCUUCACCCAUUGUCCAUGUCGGCCCCUGUCUCCCCUGCAGCUCGGCCGUCAUCGCAGCCGAACUUCGCACAACCCCACGUCGGAAUAUUCCAGGAAUCGCAAUGGGGUAUCGCUGCCCAGCAUACCAUGAUGAUGCGCGGACCAGGCCAUAAGAGGCAGCGCAGCCGCAGUGUGCCGGGUCCGAUUGACUUCCAGACGAUGCAGCUGCUGCAACAUCCGCCAAGCUUCCACAUCACGCAGCCCGAGACUCAGCCGCCCGUUCACAAUCCCCACAUCUUCAGCCCGAUUCCGCAGCAACCCAACAUGCUGGGCCCUGUCGGGCCCAAUCUGCGAAUCGAUACCCGGGCUGGGUUCGGCGCGCUUGAUAUGCGGGCAUACCCGCUUUCUGCGACGACAGCGCCCUCGCCGUCGGAGUUUUCAAGCCCCAACUUCUUCGCAACCCAGGCUCCGGACCACAGCGGAAUUCCAGCGCCCAGCUUCACGCCCUACAGCGGCACGUUCUCCCCGCUAGUCAACCCUGCGAAUCUGGGUGUCCCUCCUCCCUCCAUCUCGCCGCUUUCGUUCAACCACCCGGAUCCAACCAUUGUUGGAGAGUCCCCGCCGAUGUCGAUGCCUCCCAUCUGUGAGGGCUCCGCCAUUUCGGACGACGGCACGAGCAUGAACGACAUGUACUCGACCGGAAAGCCGACCAUCACGUUGCCGCUCCACCCGCAUUCGCCGUUCGAGCCGAACCAGGCCGACAUGGAGCUCAACCAGUUCAUGGACCUCAAACGCUUCGAUGCUGAGCAAGCUUCCCUGUCUCCGGAGAGUGUUCAAGCGCAGUGAUCAGCGAGGGACAUGACACGUCGGUCUGCAUUCUCGGCUCGGGUGGUGCUGCAGUAUUGCUCGAGGCCAGAAGCAUACAUGGUUCAGAGGUGCGAUAUACCCGUCGAGAGGGGUUCUCCUGGCUCGACUUUCUUUUUUCGGCGUUUUAGAUGGGUUGCGUCGUUGUAUAUACCAGGGGUCUUUUGGCUUUGUCUGAUGGCUGCUCUCGUGCUGCUGCCGACCGACGCGAGGAGUUGCGACACACCUCACUCGUUCUCGAUAUUUCCGCGGAAGAAACAAACUCUCCCUUCACAGACCCGACUUCCUAUUCCAUUUCAUCCUUCAAUCACGCACCUGCCAACGAG